GAGCGCAGCCGGGCGCGCCCCGUCCCGCAGCCGGCUCCAGCCGCUCCGCAAGCCCCUGCGCACCCGCCGCCGCCGCCUGCAGCGGGAGGAGCAGAGGGAGGAGGAGGAGGAGGAGGGAGGAGGAAGAGGAGGAAGGCAGCAGCCCGCCCGCAGCCGGGCACGCACGUGUGCGCGCAAGCCCUCGACGGCCGCCCUCCAGCAUGCUGCGCGGAGCCGCGCGGGGCAGAGCGGCGGCGCGGAGCUGAUCGCGGCCGCGGGAGGAGAGCAGAGCAGAGCAGAGCGGAGGAGCGGCUCCGCGGAAACCUCCGUGCGCUUCGUCCCGUCCGACCUCUCCCCCCCCCCCCCCCCCGCCUCCGAGGGAGCGGCGGUCCCGCAGCAUGGGCGGCCGCAGCCCCCUCGCUGCCGUCGGGCCCCGCGGGGCCGCUGUCCUGGUGCUGCUGCUGGGGCGCGUCGCCUUCUGCUCCGCCGUGGAGGAAAAGAAAGUUUGUCAAGGGACAAAUAACAAGCUGACUCAGCUGGGACAUGUGGAAGACCAUUUCACCAGCCUGCAGAGGAUGUACAACAACUGCGAGGUGGUACUGAGCAACCUGGAGAUUACAUACGUGGAGCACAAUCGUGACCUUUCUUUCCUGAAGACGAUACAGGAAGUUGCAGGCUACGUGCUCAUCGCGCUUAACAUGGUGGAUGUCAUUCCCCUAGAAAAUCUCCAGAUCAUCCGAGGCAAUGUGCUGUAUGACAACUCUUACGCCCUGGCAGUUUUAUCUAAUUAUCACAUGAAUAAAACCCAGGGACUCCGAGAGCUGCCAAUGAAACGGCUAUCAGAAAUUCUCAAUGGAGGUGUUAAAAUCAGCAACAACCCCAAAUUGUGCAACAUGGACACUGUUCUCUGGAAUGACAUCAUUGACACGAGCAAGAAGCCUCUCACGGUGCUUGAAUUUGCAAGCAACCUGUCUUCUUGUCCCAAAUGCCAUCCGAACUGCACAGAAGACCACUGCUGGGGCCCUGGCGAACAGAACUGCCAGACGUUAACGAAAGUCAUCUGUGCCCAGCAGUGCUCUGGCCGGUGCAGGGGAAAGGUGCCCAGCGACUGCUGCCACAACCAGUGUGCUGCGGGGUGCACGGGGCCUCGGGAGAGUGACUGCCUGGCAUGCCGCAAGUUUCGGGAUGAUGCUACAUGCAAGGAUACGUGUCCCCCCUUGGUCCUGUAUAACCCCACCACUUAUCAGAUGGAUGUCAACCCUGAUGGAAAAUACAGCUUUGGAGCCACUUGUGUGAGGGAAUGUCCACACAACUAUGUGGUGACAGACCAUGGCUCCUGUGUUCGCUCAUGCAAUACUGAUACUUAUGAAGUGGAAGAAAACGGUGUUCGGAAGUGUAAAAAGUGUGAUGGGCUAUGCAGCAAAGUGUGCAACGGUAUCGGAAUAGGUGAACUUAAAGGCAUCCUCUCCAUAAACGCCACAAACAUUGACUCCUUCAAAAAUUGUACCAAGAUCAAUGGGGAUGUCAGCAUUCUCCCAGUUGCAUUUCUAGGUGAUGCCUUCACGAAGACCCUACCCUUGGACCCCAAGAAGUUGGAUGUCUUCAAAACAGUCAAAGAAAUAUCAGGAUUUUUGUUGAUUCAGGCCUGGCCUGAUAAUGCUACUGAUCUCUAUGCUUUUGAAAAUCUGGAGAUUAUACGAGGCAGAACCAAGCAACAUGGCCAGUAUUCCCUUGCUGUUGUUAACUUGAAAAUACAGUCCUUAGGGCUGCGCUCCCUCAAGGAAAUAAGCGAUGGAGAUGUUGCCAUUAUGAAGAACAAGAACCUCUGCUAUGCUGACACCAUGGACUGGCGCAGCCUGUUUGCAACUCAGAGCCAGAAAACAAAGAUUAUACAGAACAGAAAUAAAAAUGAGUGUGCUGCUGCCAGGCACGUUUGUGACCCCCUGUGCUCGGACGUGGGUUGCUGGGGCCCAGGACCCUUCCACUGCUUCUCCUGCAGGUUUUUUGAUCGCCAGAAGGAGUGUGUGAAGCAGUGCAACAUCCUGCAAGGGGAACCAAGAGAGUUUGAAAGGGACUCCAAGUGCCUUCCCUGCCAUCCUGAGUGCCUGGUGCAAAACUCUACUGCAUACAAUGCAACCUGCACUGGACCUGGCCCUGACAAUUGCAUGAAGUGUGCCCAUUUUAUAGACGGCCCCCACUGUGUGAAGUCCUGCCCAGCAGGGGUUCUGGGUGAGAAUGACACCCUCGUCUGGAAAUAUGCCGACGGGAAUGCCGUUUGCCAGCUCUGCCAUCCAAACUGUACUCGGGGGUGCAAAGGGCCAGGUCUUGAAGGCUGUCCAAACGGCUCCAAAAUCCCGUCUAUCGCAGCUGGUGUCGUCGGAGGUCUCCUGUGCCUGGUGGUGGUUGGCUUGGGCAUCGGCCUUUACUUGCGGAGACGCCACAUCGUCAGAAAGCGGACCCUGCGCCGGCUGCUGCAGGAGAGGGAGCUUGUCGAACCACUGACACCCAGCGGGGAGGCACCAAACCAAGCUCAUCUGAGAAUUUUAAAGGAAACAGAAUUUAAAAAGGUCAAAGUUUUAGGCUCAGGAGCUUUUGGCACUGUUUAUAAGGGACUUUGGAUCCCAGAAGGGGAGAAGGUUAAAAUUCCUGUUGCUAUUAAAGAGUUGAGAGAGGCUACAUCACCAAAAGCCAACAAGGAAAUACUCGAUGAAGCUUACGUGAUGGCUAGUGUUGACAAUCCUCAUGUGUGCCGCUUGUUGGGAAUCUGCCUCACUUCUACUGUCCAGCUCAUCACACAGCUGAUGCCUUACGGCUGCCUCCUUGAUUACAUCCGAGAGCACAAGGACAACAUCGGCUCCCAGUACCUUCUCAACUGGUGUGUGCAGAUUGCAAAGGGAAUGAACUACUUGGAGGAACGUCGCCUGGUGCACCGUGACCUUGCUGCCAGGAACGUCCUUGUUAAGACUCCUCAACAUGUGAAAAUCACGGACUUUGGGCUGGCAAAGCUGCUCGGCGCUGAUGAGAAGGAGUAUCACGCUGAGGGAGGCAAGGUUCCUAUUAAAUGGAUGGCCUUGGAGUCAAUUUUACACCGGAUUUACACUCAUCAAAGUGAUGUCUGGAGUUAUGGUGUGACAGUUUGGGAGCUGAUGACAUUUGGGUCCAAGCCGUACGACGGGAUCCCUGCCAGUGAAAUCUCCUCUGUUUUGGAGAAGGGCGAGCGUUUGCCCCAGCCCCCCAUCUGUACCAUUGAUGUGUACAUGAUCAUGGUCAAAUGCUGGAUGAUCGAUGCAGACAGCCGUCCCAAGUUUCGUGAACUUAUAGCGGAGUUCUCAAAAAUGGCCCGUGAUCCCCCACGCUAUCUCGUUAUACAGGGAGACGAUAGGAUGCACCUGCCCAGCCCUACGGACUCCAAGUUUUAUCGCACCCUGAUGGAGGAGGAGGACAUGGAAGAUAUAGUGGACGCGGAUGAGUAUCUCGUGCCACACCAGGGCUUCUUCAACAGCCCCUCAACAUCCCGCACUCCCCUCUUGAGUUCAUUGAGUGCUACUAGCAACAAUUCUGCUACAACCUGCAUUGACAGAAACGGGCAGGGGCACCCUGUGAGGGAAGACAGCUUUGUCCAGAGGUAUAGCUCAGACCCAACAGGCACUUUCUUGGAGGACAGCAUAGACGACGGCUUCCUGCCAGCCCCGGAGUACGUCAACCAGUUGGUGCCCAAGAAAGUAUCUGCCUCAGCAGUCCAGAAUCCAAUCUACAACAACUUCUCUCUCACAGCAAACUCAAAGGUCCCCACGGACUCCAGCUACCAGAAUUCACACAGCACAGCUGUGGAUAACCCUGAGUAUCUCAACACCAACCAGUCUCCAUUGGCCAAGACAGUCUUCGAGAGCUCUCCUUACUGGAUCCAGGCGGGCAACCACCAAAUAAAUCUGGACAAUCCUGACUACCAGCAGGACUUCUUACCGAAGGAAACCAAACCUAAUGGUCUCUUGAAAGUUCCCGCGGCAGAAAACCCGGAGUACUUGAAGGUAGCAGCACCAAAAAGUGAAUACAUUGAAGCCUCGGCAUGACCAUAGAGAAUUUCUUCUUGCAGCGAGGCAAGCCAGACUCUCGGUGAACUACCUGGCUGCUGCAAGAACAGACUCUUGCUCAGAGCGAACAGCAACCACAAUGCAUCAAUAAGCACACCUGUCUUUUUCAGCAUGGGGGCUGAAACUGCAAAGCCUAUAUGAUGAUAGUUUGGGUCUUUUCUUGCCCAUUUCCACAUAAUAACUGAGGCCCAUAGCCUGCACUCAGGUGCAUGUUGGGAUGAAGCGGGGUCUUCCUGGACAGAAGAAAUACGGAUGCAUUCCUUUCAUUUUCAAAUGGUAGCAUGGUAAGAAGCCACUCUGGGAUGAACUUGAGAGCUGUACACAUUGUACACUCAAAUUCCUUUCUACAGUCUGUAUUUUUAUAAAUGUUUCUAACAGAAUUUUUGGAUCUUUUAAAAGAUCAGACGCUUGUACUGCUGGUCUGCUAUGUGGUGCUCAGAUCACCAGCAGGAAAAAAAAAUGUGACUAAAUAGUUUUCCAAAACUCCUGGAACAGAAACAGUUACUCCAAACCACUGGAUUUUUACAAAUUGGCUCCAUAUACUGCCUCUUGGCACGAAGAGGAGAAGUGCAUCUGGGGGACGUGUGGGAGAUUCUGCCCAGGGCAGUAUGGCAUGGAUCGCUCCGGGGAAAACUAGCACAAGAAGCAAAACAGCACAGCGCAUCACCUACUGACCACUAUUGCUAAAAACUGACAGGAGGAGCUCACCUCAAAGUUGACUGUAUAUGGUUAUAAAGUGCUCGCUAGUCUGUUUUCUGAUGGUCAAAUGCAAGACAUUUUUUUUCUGAUCCCUUAUGCAGCUGUCAAGUUGUCAAAAUGCCUUUCUUCAACAAAACUGUUAAAGAUGUUGCCGUAACUGAAAAAUGAAGUGUCAAAUAAUGUUUAACAGACUUUAAUUAAAUGUCAGGGAAGUGCAAAUGGUGGCAAAUUGGAGCAUUCAUGAGACAGACUGGAAGAACUAUACUAAAUUAAACUUGACUAGGGCGAGAAACACAGGUAGCUCUAGCCAAGCAGUUUCAUUUCCUUCUUAAAGGGCCUCAGAGCAGAAAUCAUUUUCCCUUAUACAUUUGGCAAAGAAAAGGGAUAUAUCGGUGUUACACUUUACUCGCUUCAAGGCGGAGUACUGCCAGUUGCUGUACCAAGCUGGGGCAGAGGCUGGAGCUGGUUGCCUGUCCCUUUGGAGUUACAUAUCCUGGCAAUGCAGGAGGGGCAGUGAGAGUGAAUUAAGGAAAGGAAGAAUAAUCUGGAGUGAUGGAAAAUAUUAUCUCCUUCUUCUGAGACACAGGGCUGCCUACUGCUUCUUUAAAAUACCCAGCAUCAUCUUCUGUUGUCAGUGUGGAAUAGGCAGGCGAGGCAAGACUAAGAUUUUAGCUUGAUAGUAUAAAUCAAUCACAGCAGCAAAAGCAGCUAUUCUUUCCAGGGGCCCAUGAUACAGAACUUCACAUUCUUCCAUCAUUAACAUUUUUAUGAAUGUAGGAGGAGUAAAGUGCCUAAAGUGUGAAUUUAGUCAGUAAUUUAGAUGCAUCCCCCCAGCAACUUGGCAGUGCUAUUUUAAUCAAACCACUAGAUCAGAAAGCAAAUGUGCAUUUGGUGAUUUUGGUACAAAGGUCCUUAACUAGUUGAACAUUGGCAACUUGCUUAAGGGUAGCAUAAGCAGCUGAGUUGCAGAGGAUCUGUUGUCUAUAUUAAGUAGCAAGAAAUAGUCAAAUUUAUGCUGCCACUGUGUUUUGAAUAUAUCAGUGUGUUUCAGUUUAAGUAUUGCAUCUGGAGUCCAGGAUCAGGCAGCAAAUCCUCAGAACAUUGUUUUUACAGAUUUAUUGAGGAACGAAGGAGAAGAAUGGUCAUGUGAAAUGACCCCUUUUAUAAGUAACACGGUGUAAAAUGCAUUAGCAGCUUGUGUGUGUGCAGUAGCUCAUUGGCCACGCUGCCAGUCUAGGGUAAAGAAGUAUAUUGGGUCAAAAUCCAAAGACUGUCCUGUUUGGUACAUGUGUGUCACCGUGACCAAGUCCCAGGCACAGCGGUAUGGAGGAUGCAAUGUUUGACUUUGAUUAUUACUGGCUUGUAUUUAAAACGCUAACCAAAAUUCAGUUCCCACGUCCAAUUAGUGGCAGAUUUCUCCUAGCAUUCCUGAGAGCAGAGCUGUUGUGUUGCUCUCACAAGCGUGCAACAUGUACGCACAGGCAGCGCUGCUUUUCUCCACCCACCGCCCCAGGAGGAAUGUACAUAAAACCAAAAAAAGAUCUUAACAGAAAUCACAGAUAAUUUUCAAUUUGCUAAAUCUGUUAUGUCUUCAAGCAGAACACUAAAAAAUCACAUAGUGCAUGUUCUCCUGCAGAAUCUUUCCAACACUAUAGCACAAAGGAAUUUAUUGAUGUUUUAUUUUAAUCUGUUAGCUAAAACAAGAAAGCCACUAAGAAGCAGCAAUAUAUAUCACCAGCAUUAUGUAGCAUGAAAAUUAUUUAAUAGAGUUUAAUAUGCUUGCCCUUUUCAAACAAUUCAGGAGGGAUUCAGUAGCGACUUAUUGCUAGAAACAAGGAGAUUCAUCUAAAAAUUAAGCAAUGGAAGUUUGAAAGAGCAUCGCUUUUUAAAUGUAUUGUUUUUGAUGAGAAAAGUAGGAAAGAGGAUGUAGGACCACAGACUCUGAAUACAAAUGCACAGAUUCCAGAUUGGUGGGAUCAGCUAUAUUGUAAAGUAGUUCUGGUAAAUAGGCAUCCUGUAAGCUGUGAUUUGUAAAUCGGCAACUCAUUAAUGAUUCAAAAGCCAGCAACAAAUAAAAACUGGGCAGUGUGCUGUAGUCUGUGGGCAGUGCCUGCAGGGGCAGAUACAGCGGCACUAGGAGCAGAUGGGACCGCGCAGCUGUGUGGCUGUUUGCUGGAGGCACGGGUGCUACGCAAGGUGGUGCUCAUAGGGUAACAGGCAUUAGCAAUGUACUAAAUGAUUUCCACUGAGAUGAAAAAAAAAAAUCAAUAAGCAGCUGAAAUGGUCUGGUUUUCCCACUGCAGCUCACUGACCAUUUAACAGCAAGGAGCCCCCUGCAGAUCAUAGGUGCUCAUAAAGGCAAACACAGUUAGGCAGCAUAAAUCAGCAUCCAAAAAUAACUUGAAAGUUCUGCCAUUGUCUCUUGGGAGGUGUGGGUAGAAAAGGCUGAUUUUUAAAAUGCAACUAAAUGGGGAAAUGUAUCAGGCCACAGCCACUUUUAAAAGCUAACAUAGUCUCACCAAUCGAGAAACUUAAAAUUUCCCUUUUUACUGUAUUUCUCAUGGAAGGCAAAAUAAAACCACUCACAAGUUAGUGCUUAGCGUCUCUUAAUCAUAAAGCCGCAGUUAAUAUGGAACCGCUUUUGCAAUAAUAAUUUAAGACUUUUAAUAACUGCUAAGUAUAUAAAAAUGUAAGUUAAGUCAAGAGUCUUCAUCUUACUUUGAUGUUUUCCAGUGAUCUCUGUACAGUGUCAGCGCACUUGACUUCAUUUGGGCCUUGGGUUGUUUUCUUCUGCUGAAAAGGGAGUUGGCUUGGGAAAUUUCUUUCAUGUUGCAAUUGGUCUUGUUGGGUAAAUUCAUCCGAGAGGCCGGGGGCUUGCUUUUGUUUCCAGCUGGCAGGCAACAAUACCAUGAGUUUUCUAGAGAGAGCAGUUGGAACUAGAUGGUGGUUUCUGGGACGCCUCAAGGUGAUGCCCUGUCCCACCAGCAUCAUCAUCCGAUGGCCACGUGAAGCCCCAGCAUUAGAAAAUGUAGUCCUGUGGUUUAUUUGAAAGUAAGGGGCUUGUGUAGGUUGAGUAAUGCCAGGGAAGGAAUGCCAGCCGGCCAAUCCAUACCCGAGACAGCUGCCAAAUUUGCCCAGGGACAUCACUGAGGCUGUUGACUGUUCCAGCAGGUACGGGUGGGAAUAGACACACAUAGCUCCUAUCCCUGCUACCAGCUUGAAGUGAAGUCUUCUUGCAGAGAUUGCUUGUGCGAAAACCAAUGUAUGUGGCAUUCGUGCUAUGGGGUGAAUCUCUUCUCUUCCCUGGGAGACACAGUUAGGGCUACAACAAUGUCACAGGACCCCAAACAGCUUAAAGAGGUCCCAUCACAAAGUGCCUGGGGUGUCCUCGGUCUGUCUGGGGCUGCUCCAGGGUGCCAAGGAGAAACUUUGCAUUUCCAGACAAGUGCUCAUUUUUCAGAUUCAGAGUUCAACGUCUUCUGUUAGUACGACUGCUGCCUCUCCAAAUGAGCAGUUAUGGUACUCUGGCUUUUGUUUCCCCCCAUGUUUCUCUGUGAGAAAACAUCUGAAUCAGGACAAAGUAUGAAAAUAUACCUGUGUCCUCCUUCCUGAUGGAGACCAUAUACUCAUGAAAUGUCAAACUGUGUAUAACACUUAGCAAGAAUGCUUUAUAAUGUUUUAUCACCACUGGUUCAAAUUUUUAUAUUGGGAUCCCAUUUUCUAGCUUUCUUUUUGUAAGUGUUAUCUCUUUGCUCUGACAUACAACUUUUAAGGACCCUUUUUAAAAUAAUAAAAAAAAAAAAAGAAAAAAAAUUUAUACAAAAUAAAAACACGACACCUUCAAGUAGCUUGUCAAAUGGGCUGCAUUAGGACCAAAGAUGUAACGUCUUGUUUUCUUGCUUUAAAGGAAUAGGGUAUUGAUCACCACUUCCACAGCCUCUCAUUACAGGGAAAAGCUGAAGAUCUCCACUCUUCACUGGGGCUAGGCCAGACCUCCACUGAGCCAAGAGGGCUUGACAGGAGUGUGAGGCCUGUCUACAGAAAACCAAACAAGUAUCAGGACCAGGUAUCACUUCAGGGCCAGACCUACAACCUCUACUCCAUUUCGAUUCAUUUUCUACUCAAUGCAAUAGCUAAACAGAGACACAGUCAAGAAAAAAAGAAACAAAUACAUGAAGUUUUGGCUCAGUAUCAGGAAAAAUACAAUGAUGUGAAGAUGAGACAUGAUGAGAUAACUGCUUUUUAUGUGAGGAAGUGUGUAGGCAGGCAGUGAGACUUGAAACCAAUAACGCUUUUGGUUAUGUAUUACUUUAAUUAUGCGGGGGAGUUGAAAUCACAGCGCUUCCAUGAUAGGCUUUACUUUCUGCCACGUGUCCUGCCUCCAUUCAACAUUAUGUGUUUUGGCAGAUCACCUGUAUUACCAUGGCCAUGUGGACUGAGAAUUGCGGGUUGGUCAGAAGUGCUGCAUGCAACCCCUCCUUCUUUUACAGGGAGAGAAGAGUGCAGCAUUAGUAGGCUGUACCACAGUUGGUGGUCAAGCAAACCCUCAGCAGCAUCCAAAAAAAGGGUUUCCUGAGGAAAAACUGGUAACUGGAGACCUAGCUGGCAAAAACAUGCCACUUGUUGCACCGCUGAAGUCAGCAGCCAAAAUGCCUUUGGCCAAGAUUCAGGGCUGGUGCUCACCAACUUUGCUCUCGUCUUCUUACGUGGUGCAGAUGGGGCUGUCUGGAUGCACGACAGUGGGGGCCUUGUGGUCUCUUUGUACCUCUCACCUUGAAGUAAUGGAUUUUUGUGAUUAAUAAGGUGAAAACCAGCAAUCAGACCUGCCGCUAAUGACUGGACUGGUUGAAAGUGUUGUUCCUAUGCAGCAGAUACGGUACAUCGUUUCCAGUCAUGCUGGAAUUUACCCAGACCCUUCUCCUUACCUCUCACAAGCUAGCUGGAGAGUGUGCAUUUGCAACCACCAUCAAUGUUAUCCUUAUAUUCUGUGAAAGGGAAUAAGUAAAGUAGUUGUCUACAAUGCUAGGAGGCUUGGCUUCACAUAGCUAGGUUGCUUUUUAAUCCUAUGUUCCUAAUAUCGUUCUCCUUGAAAUUAAUGGGAUGUUUAACUUGAUUACACUGAGAGUAUAAAACGAGGCUAAUGUUGAGUGAUUUUUGAAAAUCCCUCGCAAUAAUCAGAGAUCCUAUGGAUCCAUUGCCCAUUUUAGGCUGCUUUGUAUCGAUGCAAUCAACCAAGUAUAAGGUAUCGUGUCUUGGUUUUAAUAAACUGUCAAGCAAUAUAUCCAUAGAUACAGAUGGUACCCUCGCAGCAUUGUAAAGUUACUCAACUAUGAAAGCACUAUUUGUACAAUAAGAAACUCUUGACUUUUAUAUGGUUUAAUGGUUUAUACUGUUGAUCAAAGAUUGUUUGUAUAUUGAGCGAUAAAAAAGGGGUGUAUAUUAUUCUUUUUAAUUGUUUUUAAUUUUUGGAGAACUUUUAUUGUAAUAUACUGUUGUAUUUGGGGGGAAGAAAAAUCAGUGGCUAGCUUGUAGGGUUUGUAGCCAGAGAAGAACUCACAUUAAGGGUUCUUUAUUGAUGGACUUAGAUUUUUUUCUCCUAAAAGUUGUCACCUUGGGGAUUUAUCCAGAGCUUAGUGAAGCUAUUAACAGGACCCUUUCCUCUCUUCAAGACUCUUUGACUCUCUGCAUGCACAGUGCUGGAGUUUCGUAAUGUGAGCAGUAAUACAGCUAACACAUGUGACCAUUGCAAGUGCAAUAUGAAAGCCCAGGUGCUGCUUAUCAGGGCGCUAAUAAAAGCUGCUCUUUUGAAUUGUAUGGCAGGUUCUCACUUCACUUUUAUGAUAAUAGCAGAAGCAGAGUCCAAGCAAUCCCACAAAAGCUCACCCAUGUGAUGUGUGGUGUAUGAAGCCGUACUGCUGACCAUUUCUGAAUUGCACAGCUAUGAGCUGUACAACAGCAACACAGGACUCCCUCGUAAGGAAAGGCAAAAUAAAGUCUUGACCAGAGUCACACUGGUGACUUAAAUUGUUGUACUACACUAGGCAGAAAGAGAAAUUCUGUUAGCUAAGCCAGUCAAACAAAGCCCCAGCGUCCCCUGAGUAUUGGUGUUUAAUUAUCCAACUGGUGGAACAGGUAGCAGACAAAGAUUAAGGGAAUUACAGGGUCCUCAACAUGACAGAGCAAAAUACACUGGGUUGACAAGACAGUAAAGAAGAGAGGAGCUGGAACUGUCAGUACACAUUCAGCCUGGAUAAGUCCCUGGUAUCACGGUUAGUAAAUUAAAUAAUUUUUGUCUUUAUAGAUGAACUUUGUACACAGAAAAAAAAGCCACUACAGCACCUUUCUCAUUUUAUCUUUCCAGCCAGUCCCUUCCAAUACGUAGGCUGCAUGUCUUACCAGCUCAACCUAUUUUAUGCAGAAACGACAUAGUCUUAAUCUUCAUAUUACUGGUUCUCAGAAAUGUCUAAUGCGUAUUAAUGCAUGAUAUUUUUAUUUUAAUAAAAGUAAUUAAAUAAA